UGUCAUUCCUUGUUAAAAAUGGGUGAUGCCAACGUUAUGUUUGGUUUUGAAAUUUUGCAAUCGUUAUACGACAACCAAGUAACGAAGAAGGAGGACGUUUUAAUUUUGUUUGUUCACUGGUAUCUUAUAAAGAAUUCAUUCAGGUGUGUUGGCUUUGGUGAUUCGAAAGCAUACAAUGCAUCUGAAAAGGGAUCAGAACUACUUCCAGAGGGAUGGAACACGCAUCCUAAUUACGCGUUACGUUACGUAAAAGAUGAAAAAUUAUACAUACUUCAUGGCAUCAAAUCCGAUGAAGAUUUGCUUUUAAAUUUACUGAGAACUGAUAACCAAAAUGUAACCAACAUUGAAUUUCCAAUUAAUCAGACUGUGACUAGUCUUCAUGGAUCAUUAGAAACUGUAAUGCCCACGUAUCAAACUGUUCUACAAAUAGUCCAGACUGAUCUUCUCAAUCCAGUGUUUUCUGGUAACACUGCUGAGACUUCCACUCAAACAUCAACAGAAAGCAGAGACCAUAGUGCGCCAAUUAGGACUGAUCCAUUAAGGGUAGGACAGCCAGCACGUAGCUUGCCAUCGCAACCAUGGGAUCCCUUAGUUGAUCCAGCAAACGUAGGACGCGCGGAUCUAGAUCCUUUUGCUCGCGGCGGUGGUGGCGGUAUGAUCUACGAUCCGUUCCCGCCUCUACGCAACCCUGUCAAUCCGCAUCGACCUGGCUUAGGAGUACCAGGAAGAUUGCCACCGGGCGCGGUUCCACCCCACGCUAGAUUUGAUCCUUUCGGACCGCCAGACAACGCACCAGGAAGACCGGAACGUGGACCAGACAACGAUCACUUACCCCCUCCAGGAUACGAUGACAUGUUUAUGUAAAAAACAAUAAAAUAUG